AUCUAUCUUUCUAAUUAAUCUCUAUCUUAAUCUCACCUUAAUCAUCUUCCACCUUAUUUGGCAUAUCAUCUAAAAUCCUAAAUAUCAAUAAUCAAUCUCUCUCCAAAUUCUCAUCAUCUUCUUCUUCUCCCUUCUUCAAAUCUCUCUCAAUUUUGACAAUUCACUAUGAACAAUCCCACCCUCAUUUCUUGAUAAUCAUAUUCAAUUAAUCCUAAAUGACUCGACAGAUCAUCGUGUCUUCGAAUCCGGUGAGGCGCCAGCAUCGCCGACGCGUGGGGGAGGUGGCCGGAGGCGCGACGGGUAAGUGCGCGGCCGUGUGCUGCUGCUGCCCCUUCGCGGUGAUCAAUUUCGUGGUCCUGGCGGUCUACACCGUGCCGAAAGGGCUAUUCCGGAAGGCGGUGGAACGGAGACGGCGACGGUUGACGGUGAAGAAAUCCGGUGGCGGGAGGGAGAACGAGGCGGUUCUGCUGCAGACGCGGAUGUCCAGCGGACACUUCGAGGCGGUGGCUCCCACGCUCCUGGAGGAGCAUCUGGCGAACGAUCGGGAUGCGGAGGAGAAAAAGACGGAGGCCGUUGAACUGGAGCGAGAGAUGUGGGCCCGGUUUAAUGGAACCGGGUUUUGGAGGAGCGAGUCGCAGCGCGAACCGUAAAUGUAACGAACCGGUGGGAAGGAUUGGACCGGUAACACGGUGUCGUUUUGUUGUGUGGGAAAUGGGAAUCAUGAAUUCGGCAGAAGCUCCAUUCGUGUGGGUUGGGAAAAAGACAAAUGAGACAAUGAAAUUGAAAUUGAAAUUGAAAUUGAAAUUGAAAUUGAAAUGUUUGUUUCUUUAGAGUUGUUAGGAUUCAUUUUAUCAAUUAAGAACUCUUAGGAAUUAGGAUUUUUUUUUGACAAUUAGAAACCCUUAGGAUUUGAAUGUAUAUUUUCUCAUAAAAUGUGUAUACAUAGGGCAAUGUUCUCAAGCAUGCAUGUUUUCUCUUAUACUGUUUUUGUUUUACCAUUACUUGAUAAAAAUAUUGCAACUCCUGAAUCAA